UGGGCACACUGAUGAUGUGUUUCCCUUGUUUGUGUGUGUAAGUUAUGUCUCCGCCAUUGAAAUUCAUUUUAGCCGAGAAUUGAAAUAGGUUGUACCUUUCAUAAAUCGGCAAAUAUCUUCACAAUCUUCCUUCUUUUACUUAUUCUAUUAAGUCAUAUUCCGUGCACAAACAUUAUAUCCAAUGGCAGACAGAGAUACAGAUGAGUUGAACAUCGAUAACGUAAUAAAAAAAUUACUAAAAGUACGGGGCGAGAAGCCUGGUAUGAAUGUUCAGUUAACAGAAAUUGAGAUCAAAGGUUUAUGCUUAAAAUCUCGGGAAAUAUUCUUGUCGCAACCGAUAUUACUUGAGUUGGAAGCUCCCCUAAAAAUAUGCGGUGACAUCCACGGACAAUACUACGACUUACUAAGGCUGUUCGAAUAUGGAGGCUUCCCUCCGGAAUCCAACUACCUCUUCCUCGGAGAUUACGUAGACCGUGGCAAACAGUCGUUGGAGACUAUAUGUCUGCUACUUGCGUACAAGAUCAAAUACCCAGAGAACUUCUUCUUAUUACGGGGCAACCACGAGUGUGCUAGCAUUAACAGAAUUUAUGGGUUCUACGACGAGUGCAAACGGAGGUACAACAUCAAGUUAUGGAAAACGUUCACAGACUGCUUCAACUGCUUACCAGUAGCCGCGAUAGUUGACGAGAAAAUCUUCUGCUGCCAUGGCGGUCUCUCGCCCGACCUGCAAGCGAUGGAGCAGAUCCGGCGGAUCAUGCGGCCGACCGACGUGCCCGACCAGGGCUUGCUGUGCGACCUGCUGUGGUCCGACCCAGAUAAGGACACCGCCGGCUGGGGAGAGAACGACCGCGGUGUCAGUUUUACCUUCGGCACUGAGGUGGUGGGCAAGUUCCUGUCGAAGCACGAGUUCGACCUGAUCUGCCGCGCGCACCAGGUUGUGGAGGACGGUUACGAGUUCUUCGCCAAGCGGCAGCUCGUCACGCUGUUCUCCGCGCCCAACUACUGCGGCGAGUUCGACAACGCCGGCGCGCUGAUGUCGGUGGACGAGACUCUCAUGUGCUCGUUCCAGAUCCUGAAGCCGGCCGACAAGCGCAAGCUGUACUCCGGCCUCAACAUGGGCCGCCCCAACACGCCGCCGCGCGCGCAGCCCAAGAACAAGAAGAAUUAGUGGUCCGCGCUGAUGCAGUGAGAGCGGGCGACUUGCAUGGAACCCAUACAAACCACCUACGAACCCCUACCGUGCCUGGCUGCUUAACAUACGUCACGCCGACUGACAGGCCAGGUUUCAGGCUAUGUUUUAGCCUAUAGUGAACUGAGCGAACUAUCGCGCUUCGAUUCGACAAUAGAUCAGUUUUCAACAUCUCUUUGAUAUGCGUUUAUGCAUACGCGAAGCUCGGAAUGUUCGAGAAAAUCUCGAAAAUUUACUUUGUGAACUGCGUGUGUGCAAAAACGUACCCUUUUACUUACUCGAAUAGUGCAGGAAUUGUCAUUUAACCAAGAGAUAACACUAUACGUGUGAGAGAGACAAAAAGAGGUAGAAACAGAUCUGUUGCAGAAUCGAGAAAAGUUAAGAGCUACAACCGUAAGCAUAAAAAGCUUUGGCUUAAAAUUAGUAGCUUCCCAAAACCUGGACAGCGUCACAUCACUAAUGGACAACGACGCCAUCUUGUGGUGAACUAUUGACUCGGCUUUAGUGACGUGCCGCCGCCCGGUCGCGUAUAGUAUCGCUCGUGCCCAUUUUUUAUUAUGGACUCGUAAUUUUUUUUGUAUGAUUUUAUAAAUUAUGAAAUUUUAGCAAUCAAGUAUUAUUUAAAAGCGUCGUAUCGCGCUCUCUGGUUGACUGAUCGGUCGCAAGCGUUCAAAAGGCAAGGAUUAACAAGCAAUGUUAUGUUUAAUAUUAUUGUUUGUUAUUUCGUGCUUUGUUAUAGCCGGGUGUUAGUUGCCAAUCGCUCGCAAAGCAAUUGCUGGCCAAUUUGUUCGGCGCCCCGGGAAGCCCCGGGUUCUCACAAGCGACGUUUUAGUCGCGAGCAACUUCUGUUGCUGACGAUGUAACCAGUGAAUGUUUAAUAAAAACCACAUUUUCGUUGCAAAAUAGAACUUAAUACAUCUACUUAAAUUAUUAAUUUCUAAUGCGUACGUCGAUUACAUGUAGAUAGUAUGGACUGUCAUACGUUAUUCGUAGCCGUAGUGUAAGAGCUUGAUCGCUAAUUUAAGAAAUAUCGUCCUAUCAGUAAGAAUAUUGACUCGCCCGGUAUUAUCUACGUAUUCAGUCUUCAUUUUGUCAUCGUUGUCGAUAUUGUCCAAAGUAUCGAUAAGUCGGAGUCUUACCAUCACUAUUCAAACUUCACUGGUCACGUGGUCCCUGAAGUCAGCCAUUUUAUUGUAAGUAAACUGCCAACGUUGCAUGGAGUCAUCGUUUCUCAACAUUUGUAAUCGUGGGCAUGUCCCACUCAGCCAAGUAAUGUAAUAUUGUAUUGUUUUUUAUUCUACCGCGAUCUCAGUGUAUAAUUUUAUUUGAACUUGUAAUAUGAAAUCAUAUUCAUAAAUUGUAUUACAGAAUAUUCUGUUACAAUGUAGCUGAGAACGUGAUUUAAGGAAUGUUUUCGUUUAUCCUGCAUGUUUGGGAAACGGUGCGAUGUAGAAAUUAUUUUUUAAUAUUGUUUUUAAUAAGGCAGUUAGCUAAGCCCUGGGAUGCCCGGUGCGUGAGGCGUAUAGCGUUCUAUAUCCGAGUAAUUUAAGCCGCGAACGGUUUUAAUACUGGCAGCCAUUUUGAUACUAAUCGAUGGUAGGUUUAACUUAAAAUUUCGUGGUAAGUAACGUCUUGUGAAAUCAUUGUAGGUAUUAAUAAUAAAUAGAUGUUUUCGACGAGAAAACAAAAGUAAUGUCGCGUUAUUAUGACAUAACUUCCCGAUUAUUAAGGGAAUAUUUUUUAUUUAAUGGUGAUUUAUUAAGAACACCAAAGAUAAUCGAAUCCAAUAUGGACGUAGGCGCAUUGCCAAAUUUUAUAUAAAUUAGUAUUGCUAUAAAUGUGAGUAAAAUAACGCUUUGACCUCAAAACCUGCCAGUGUUAAAACCGACGAUCGCAAUUUAAUAUUAAUGACCGAUGUAAUGAUAAUAUUGGAAGUAAUUGAUAAAACUCCUCUUUAAUAUAAGUAGUAAGCAUAAAUAUGUAACGAAGCGUAGUGUUGGAGAACAAAUAUUAAUAAACACAGUCCCUCCGGUAGGCAGGACGUUAGUUUUCACGGUAGUUGCUUGCUUGGACGGUUUACACUCUGCGAUGUGACGCGAAGGUAUCAAUAUUCUAUGAUACAAGCACAAAAUGUCAAAAGUUACAUGUAAAAUCGAAAUCAAAUAUUAUAGACGUCUCAAGCUGCCGGCAGCUUGCGCUGGCAUAUGGCUACGGUCUCCUAUAAACGCGGCGUCUGACGUCACCGUUGAACGUUGCUAUCGACGUCUGAACAAUGACGUCAACGUCUGAACGAUGACGUCAACGUCUGAAGGAGUCCACAACAGUACAUUUAUAUUGUAAGGAUGUAAGCGUCCUACGGCGUUUAUAUAAGACCACAGCCUAUUUUAUACACACCCAUUUGCAGACGGGGUUUUAAAAAGAAAGUUUGAAAACCAAAGGUGAAAUAUGCAACAAUGGGUGCGUUUGGCGGAAUAUAGAAAUUGUAAGCGCUUAUAAGCAAAAAGACGAUCGCUACGGCCAGCAAUGACACGUUUGCUAACUUCAAUAGUGACGUGUUUCAUUCAUUUUUUUAGCAGUGACAGCACUUACCGCUUAGCGAUCGCAAUUUUGCUUAUAAACGCUUACAAUUUCUAUUUUCCGUCAAACAUAAAUGUACGUUUUUGGCAGAUUUAAUCUGGAAUCGCGUCAUUAAAAUGAAGUUUUCAUAAAAAAGAUCUUUUAAAUCGCAGAGCUGUGAACCUAGCAGGCCGCACUCAAAUAGUUUCACUCUGUUGUCGCUGCUGAAUUAGACUGACGCUGCGGCCCCGGCCG